AUGUCAUGGUCCAAGUACGAAGCUCAAUCAGCUCACAUAGACCCUUCAGAUCGGGACAACGCGAGCAGACACAAGGACCCUCUAUUCUUUGAUGAUGACGAUGAAACUAUGUCAGAAGAUGAAGACUUUUAUCAGAAUAUGAUCGACCUAGAAGAAUCAAUAAUAAGGAAGUCUCGUAUCUCUAGAAGCGGGAUUCCAACGCAAGAGCCUACCAACAGACCUACUCGCAGUACGGACAACUCUAAGAAUGAAGAGGAAAAGGAAAAAGACGAAUAUCUACAAAGGAAGUCGUUGUCGAACUUGGAAAAGUGUGAUUGUUGUCCUCGGAAGAAGACGCAAAGUACACCCAAAUCUGUGCAUUUUGAUGACGAUUCGACUCGUAUUUGCUACUUUUACAAGUCUGACCAGCCAAACAUGAUCAGUGAGAUUUGCCAUGACUCAACCGACUUUAAGGAUCACAACUUGGGGCGAGCUUUGGGAGUUGACUUCGAAUACCAAUAG